CCGGAAGCCUGGACCCUGCAGGGUGUGUGUGUGACCGAAACUUCCUGGUUCUCGCGCCUCAUCUGCCGAAACCGAAGGAACGUUUUAUACGAAAUCACACCACACCACACUACACUACACUUGUACAAAUAUACACUCGAUCAUCGUUCAGUCACUUUAUCGGUCUGUGAGCGAGAGAAAAAUCGUCAUUUAAAACACAUCUGAAUCACACGCGCUGCUGGAGAAGCUGCAGAACACGGAGGAUGAGGCUGCUGUGUUCUGCUGGAAAUAAUGAAGAGUUUCCCAGCUAACCGCAGCCGGGACAUCGAGCGGCAGGCUGGUUAUCUGCGGCCGGAGCACUGCGUCCCUCCGCCUCCGCGCGGGCCCUCGGCCGAUGACAUGUGGUUCAUCCGGGACGGCUGCGGCAUCGUGUGUGGUGUCAUCACGUGGCUGCUGGUGUUUUACGCAGAGUUUGUCGUUGUGUUUGUAAUGCUGCUGCCGGCGAAGAACGUGCUGUACAGCAUCUUUAACGGCGCUGUCUUUAACGCGCUGGCCUUUCUCGCCCUUGCGUCACACUUCAAAGCCAUGUGUACCGACCCGGGAGCUGUUCCGAAGGGAAACGCCACUAAAGAGUUCAUUGAGAGUUUACAGUUGCGGCCGGGACAGGUGGUCUAUAAAUGUCCCAAAUGCUGCAGUAUUAAACCUGAUAGAGCUCAUCACUGCAGUGUGUGUAAACGCUGCAUCAGGAAGAUGGAUCACCACUGUCCGUGGGUGAACAACUGUGUCGGAGAAACCAAUCAGAAAUACUUUGUGCUUUUCACUAUGUACAUUGCUCUGAUUUCUCUUCAUGCCCUCAUCAUGGUGGCCCUUCACUUUGUCUUCUGUUUUGAGGAAGACUGGGCGAAGUGCGGUAACUUCUCUCCUCCAACGACGGUCAUCCUCCUCAUCUUCUUGUGUUUUGAGGGUCUGCUCUUCCUCAUUUUCACCGCUGUGAUGUUUGGAACGCAGGUUCACUCCAUCUGUAACGAUGAGACCGGUAUCGAGCAGCUGAAGAAGGAGGAGAGACGAUGGGUGAAGAAAUCAAAGUGGAUGAACAUGAAGGUUGUGUUCGGUCACCCGUUCUCCAUCGCCUGGCUCAAUCCCUUCGCCACACCCGAUCACGGGAAGGCCAAUCUCUACCAGUAUGUGGUGUGAGACGUGCACACGAAGAGCUCGACACUGACGUCACAAUCUGCGUUUGCUUCUGUUUUCCUGCCUGUAACUAUUUCUUAAAGACGUCCUGCACUCAUGUCCAGUACAAAUAAAACUGGCCGCGCAAAGAGACGUUGAUGUACUCGCGGUGCAAAGCUGCCGUUAUAACUGGCCACCCACCUCACAAAAUGAAUUUUUUGGGCAAUAAUCCUACUUUCUAUAAAUGUCAUCACAGACCAUGUGACGCAGUCACAUCAUAGCGCCGGAUGAGAUUCCACAGGAGUUGAAAUGUGUGAAUGUGAUAUUAAAUCUGACAGGAUUAUUCGAGGCCUUCAGACCCGUCAGCUGUGGCCGGUAACUCCACUGUUUAUCUGUUUUUAGCAGCCUUUGAUAUUAACUGACCAAUGAAGAAAUGCCUGCACUGAAAGAGAAAUCGAGCACAUCAAGACGCAGACAUGUGCGAGAAAAGAGAAUUCUCAAAGGAAAGACCUUUUUUCUUUUAAACGUUAAAAGAGUGAAUCUUGCAAAAACGUGUCCAGUCACGAUUCACCCAAGAAUCAAAACGAGAACGCUUUUCGCGAAAAGUUAUAGGACCUUUAAGAUUUUCAUGACAACUGUGCACAUUUUUAAUCCAAUUCUCUCAGACAUUCUACUUUUAAGGUUUUUACUUUUUGUUGUGAAGAAAGUCAAGGAAUUCUUUUUAUUCGGAAUGCUUGACAGCGUUCGUUCCUAAAUAGAGUCGCUGGUUAUCAGCGUCACGUGAAAAUUCUCCGAUCGUGUCACUUCAGUAUUCAAACACGUGAACGAUUGUGAAUUAGUGUUUGAUAAGCACAGGAUGAUCUCAGGUUCACGUGAUGUCACAAUCCUGUUUCUACUCCAGACCAGCAGAGACCUCGAGCAUCAGAUGAUCUCUUCUGUGGAGACUGACAGCGGAGAUGUUUUCUCUCUGUGUUGUUUUAUCCUUCAGCACAAUCUGUGGUAAAGCAUUAAACCUCCACAGAGAGCUCUGCACGUGACAGAUGGAUUGCGUGUUGGUUUUGCUGGUUGAUCAGUAUUUACCAUGAGUUCCCAGCAUGCACUGCUGCUGAUGUUUGAGGGGCGGGGCAUGAGAGUCAGGUGUGUGUCUGAAAUUUGUUAUUCUUCAAACGUUCUUGGGCUCACUUUCCAUUUCUUCGGUCUCUUUUUCAGUCUUUUGUGAAUGAUUUUUUUAUGCAUGUAUUUUGAAUAUCUUGAAUAUUGAAGGUGUUGUUUUGGGCGGUGCUUUCACUUUGAAAGUCUAUUCAAUAAAGCUCUCGUUUU